AGUGCUGAGCCAGCCGUCUCACAGGCACUCGCGGACUUUUUCCCGCGUGCUUCCCCCUCCUUCCCAGCAUUCCUGUUUCCGCUUUCUAAAGGCACUUCGGUUUUGCCACCUCUGUAAAGGCUCUUCGCGCCCAGUGGUCCAGUGACGUCAUCUUUCUGCGCUGCGUGGACACCGCUGUUGGUAGAGGGAACUGCUUCCCUGCCCUUCACUGCUUUCGUUGGGCUGCUGUUCAUCCGGGAUAAUGGCGCUGUCACUGUGGAAGGGGCUGGUGGGCAUCGGCCUCUUUGCCCUAGCCCACGCAGCAUUUUCCGCUGCUCAGCAUCGUUCUUAUAUGCGAUUAACAGAAAAGGAAGAUGAAUCACUGCCAAUAGAUAUAGUUCUUCAGACACUUCUGGCCUUUGCGGUUACCUGUUAUGGUAUAGUUCAUAUUGCAGGGGAGUUUAGAGAUAUGGAUGCCACCUCAGAACUAAAAAAUAAGACAUUUGACACAUUAAGGAAUCAUCCAUCAUUUUAUGUAUUUAAUCAUCGUGGUAGAGUACUGUUCCGGCCUUCAGAUACAACAAAUUCUUCAAACCAAGAUGCGUUAUCCUCUAAUACAUCGUUGAAGUUACGAAAACUUGAAUCACUGCGUCGUUAAGAUUUUUACAGAUCAUAACAACAAUACAGGACACAGAGCUGGAAUAUUGGAGUUUGGGGCAUAAAACACUCCCAUAUCAGUAUUUAUAAUGAUCUUUUAGACCUAAUUUUAAAAAGUCUGUGGCCCUUGUUUGUACACUGUAAUCAAAUUAUUAUUUUGGGGAGAAUUUCAAGAUUUAUUUAUUUUUUUUAAUUGAAUUUAUUGGGGUGAUAUUGGUUAAUACGAUUAUAUGGGUUUCAGGUGUACAGUUCUAUAAUACAUCAUCUGUAUAUUGUGUGUUCACCACCCUAAGUCCCCUUUUGUCACCAUUUAUCCCCAUUUACCCUCUUCUACCUCCCCCCAUCCUCUUUCCCCUCUAGUAAUUACCAUACUGUUGUCUGUGUCUAUGAGUUUGUUUUUGUUGUUUUUCUGCUUAAUCUCUUCACCUACUUCAUCCAGCUCCCCAGUCCCCCUCCCCUCUGACAGCUGUGAGUCUGUCUGUUCUCUGUGUCUAUGAGUCUGUUUCUAUUUUAUUUGUUAGUUUAUUUUGUUCAUUAGGUUCCACAUAUAAGUGAAAUCAUAUGGUACUUGUCUUUUCUGACUGGCUUAUAUCACUUAGCAUAAUACUCUCCAGGUUCAUUCUUGCUGUUGCAAAAGGUAAGAUUUCCUUAUUUUUUACUGCUGUGUAGUAUUCCAUUAUAUAAAUGUCCCACAGCUCUUUUAUCCACUCAUCCCCUAAUGGGCACUUGGGCAACUUCUAGACCUUGGCUAUUGUAAAUAGCACUGCAAUGAACAUGAAAUUAUUGAUGUAGUAUAAGUUAUCUGUGAAAUGAGUCUUUGAUCUUUCAUAGGAAAAAGUCUUUUUUUCUUUUAAAACAAAUUUACAUUUUCUGUAUGGAUCACUGUUUUGAACAUAUUUCUUUGAGAAAAAUAUGUUGUUUUAUAAUUAUUUAUUAGAUUCUUUUCUUUUGCACUUCAGUUUCUAGGAUCCUUUGGAAACAGUGUGACUACUGCACUUUGCAGAAUGUAUGAUAGUGAAGUGGUCUUCAUUUCUUAAAAACAAAUGGACUUCUCUAAAGAGAUAUAGAAAGGUGACAUCAGAUUUUCUUAUACCCUCUAAGAAGUGGCUCUGCUUCAGCAGCUACUUGCCAGUUUUUAAUUAAUCCAUGACUUCUCACCCACCUGACUCCUGUAUACCAUCUAACAUCAGCUGUCUUGGUUCAUCAUUUCUCUGGAGUUUUGUGUGCAGUGAGCAAUUUUUGUGUCGGAAAUUCUUUGUCAUAACAAAUGUAUUUAACAAAUUUAACUUGCUGUACAUCUAGUUGUAUUCUCUUCAUUUCACUGUAAAAAUUUCCCUAAUUGAUUGUGUAGUCUAAGAAUAGUUGAAGAUACACAAAAAAGACCCUUCGUGAUAGAAUCACCCUGCCUAUGUAGAAGAAUAGUAAUCACUGACGAAAACUGAUUACUUGUCAUUAGCCACUUUAACUUAUUCAAAGUCUUUUAUUUUAUCACAAACUGUACUAGCGAAUUAGUAAAAAUAAACUUCUCAUUAAAGGUACACUUCAAAAGAACUGGACCCAGUAUGUUCUAAAUAUUUGGAACUAAUAUAUUUAAUUUUUUUUAAUUGAGGUCAUUUAAGAAAUUGUUUCAUAGCUUCUGACUUCUAAUAGGCUUAGUGUUUUCCAUCUUCAUGGCAUGUUACUGAAGAUGAGAAUGAGGAUACAGAGUAGAACUUUUUUAGAAACAGCAGUUUUAGUUUUAAGGACAUUUGGCUAGCUCUUUGAUUUUCAGAAAGCUUAACAUUUCUAUGUAGAGAACAUUGCUUUUAUUGAAAUCUGCAGGUAUGAAAACUUUGCAUAUGUUGACUUGUAUAAAUGUAAAGAAAGGGAGUAACUAUGCAGAUUUGAAAAGAAAAUGUGCUUUUAGGGAAGGGUCAUAUGAUGCCCUUACCUUUGAUGGCAUUUUUUUCCAUUAGAAGUGAACCUCAGCUCUUCUAUUCUGUCUAGUAAUGCACAACCCCAAAGCAGGAUAUUAUUUUUUCAUUGUUGUUUUGUUUAGCUUUGUUUUGCCAAUCUUCUCUUUCUAUGGAACACUGACUCUGCUCUCUAAGAAGAGCAAAGUUAAAAAUCUUCUGAUAAUGUAAUUUAGAAAUAAAUUUAAAAUGUGAAGUCAGGUGUUAAACGUGGUGAUAAUAAAAUCAAAAUAGUGUGUGAGAAAGCAGUUCUUUACAUUAGACUGUUAUACCAUUCAUUCAGAUAUGACUAGAUUCACAACAGCCUCUUGUUUUCUUCUCUCUUCAGGCUGUCUUCCUUUCCUAACGUGUUUUUAUAACAACUUUUUAAAGCUACAAUUCACAUACCUUACAAUUCACCCAUUUAAAAGGUGCAAUUCAGUGGAUUUAUAACAGAGUCACAAGUUGUGCAAGCACAACCACAGUGAAUUAAAGAACAUUGUUAUCACUCCAAAGAGAACCCCUGUACCCUUUAGUGGUCAUAUCUCAUUUCCUUCCCAUGCCUCCUAGCCCUGAGCAAGCACUAAUCUACUUUCUGUGUCUAUGACUUGCCUAUUCCUGUCAUUUAAUAUAGAAGAAUUCAUACAGUAGCUGGUCUUUCAUGACUGGCUUCCCAAGUAGGGUUUUGUGUUAUGUGUAGUUUAUCUUUAAAUAAACUUCUCUUCUUGAGAACUGUGACUGCUCUGAAAGGCAGUGGUUGGUAAAAUCAGUAGAUGUAAAGAUGGAGGGUUUCUUAGUCAAUCUUGUGCUGAAUAGUUUUUCCUCAUAACCAAUUUAUUCAUGAUAUACUACUACUUAUAUUUUGUCCAGUCUCUAGAAUGGAUAUUGAAAUCUUUGCCUGCCUCAUCAAGAAAGUCCUGCUAAAAAUGAUGCCAAGUAAUUUGGCAAAUAAUUGACAUAGCAGUUUUCAAGUGUGUCUCACUUUGGCAGCAGCUUAUAUAACUUGGGCCAGGUGAACUUCCCAAAGUUCUUUAAUUUCUUCCAGUGAAUUUCUGCUGUCUUUUCCAAGUUUAUGUCAUAGGACUGGAGUUGAUUGGAUAUGUCAUGACACUGCAAAAUGGGUUAAGUUCAAAAUUCAUUUCUAAUACUAUUAGACAGCUCACUACUUAGGGUAAUUCCCCAAAAUGUACUCAUGUGAAUUAGUUUGGCCUGUAGGUGACUGUGAUUUCAGUGACAUUCGAAGUCUGAACUAUUGAAAGCUCUCUAGGAUAUGGGAAAUCUCACUUCUUAAUAAUCACGGAACCAGCCAAAUGCCAUGGGCUAAUGGCUUAGCUGCAGAAAAUGUAGAUCUGUGAAUUGGAGACUAUGAUGCUCUGUAACUCCCCAAUGAUUGUUUCCUUAGCACCGUAGCUUCUUCAGUGGCGUGGCAGCAUCUUCCCAGUUGUAUGUGGCCUGUUUCCAUGAUGUAUUGAGUAGUGUUGUUUCUUGUGAGCAUCAAUGCCUGUAACACCAAGCAAAGCACAUUCUUUUGAAUGUUUCCUCUCUUUUAAUGACCUGCCCUAUCUAAUAAAUAAAUGAUUCUCUCACCUUC